UAUACGAUCAGAGAAGAGAUGAGCAUUCAGUGAUUUUAGUGUAGUCAGGUUUAGAAGGAGGCAUUUUCCUUCCUGUGUGCUCUUCAGACAUGUCUGGAAAUUUCCGGCCACCUCUACCUGGCUAUAAGCCCAAGCCUCAGUCCCCGACGAGCGAUCCCAGGCAGUUCAUCCGAGACUUCAGCUUCCAUAACUGCAAACUGGGUAACCAGGGCUUCCAGAGACUCCUGAUACAGGUCUUCGGCUAUGCCGGGCACGGCAAGUCCUCGUUCAUUAACACCUGUAAGAUUGUGUGGGAAAACUCAUCCUACAACAACUAUACGAAGGCGUCAGGAUCACAAGGGGGAGACACGAUGGACCGGCGCACCUACCAGCUGACGGAAAACAUCAUCCUGGUGGACAAUCGCGGGUGUUCUGCUAUGAAAAGCCAUGAGAAAGGAGAGAUAUUUGCCCAACUCGCAAAUCUGAUGCCUUUAAACAUGAAGGUUGAUUGGUGCCAGGGGUUUAAGUUGGCAGAUAGAAUUGUGGAAGCCGAGCCCCUGGUGCAGCCAUCGGAUUUCAUUUCCCCCAUAUUCGUCUACAGCAUUGGCCAUGCUCCAAAUCCAGAUGAAAAACAGGAGCUGAAAGAGAUUCUAAAGACUUGCAGAGAGAUGACAGGUGUGGAGGCAAUCGUUCUUCUCACACACAAGUCAAAAGGAAACUUGGAGCGGGCAGAAGCCAUGUUUAAGGACAUGGGAGCCAAACACGUGUUUUCCCUUGAAAACUACACCCCAAAAAAUCAGUCCAGAUCUAUGGAGGUCCACAACUCCGUGAUGAAGUUUUUAUACGAGGUAGUCCAGGACGCUAAAUUCCGCGUGGACUAUACACGAGAUCCACAGAAGGAGAUGACGGAGAGGAAAAUCUUUGUACUGAAUUACAUUCACAACAAGGGGGUGGAAGCCCACAUCCAGAAAUUAGAGGGGCAGAAAGCCGCGGAGAACGCCAGCAUGGAACGGACCAUGAGGGUUAAAACGGAAGAGGCAGAUAAACAAAAGCAAAAAGACCAAAAAGAACACGAGGAGAAGAUAAGGCAGCUGGAGGCCGAAUUUGAAAGGCAGAGACUGCGAGAUCAGUUUGAACAUGAGCAGAGGAUGGAAAAACUUCAACGAGGGCGGAAAAAAAAAUGAAGUCGCCAUCAAGAGAUGUUG